UAGUCAAAUAUAAGAAUAACAUUUAGGGCAUGUUCCGAUUUACUGAAAACUAUUGAAGUGAAGUGAAGUGAACUGCUUGGAGAUGAACUGAACUGUUCAUGAGGGAAGGAAAUUAGAAAAUAAAGGAAAUUAGAAACUUGAAUUGAAUGGAGUUGAAUUGUUUAUGAGAGAAGGAAAUUAGAAACUUGAAUUGAAGUAAAAUGAAAUGAACUAAACUGAAAUUAAGCUUUGCCCCCCCCAAAAAAAAAAAAAAAAAAAAAAAAAAAAGCCGAAUAGAACAAGUCCUUAGAGACUAUCAGUCUAUCGAUUAGAAAUAUAGCUCAUGGAACAUCCCCACACAAAACAGCGCAACCGCAUAGCGGCAAAAGCAGAGUACAGCCCACACGUUUGAACAAGGACAAAUACGUAAAAAUCUCACUCUAUAAAACCACACCCUUUUCUCCCUCAUCCCCCUCAUUCUCUCUUCAUCUGUGCAUUUUCUCUCUCAAACUAUCACUCCUCUCUUUCUCUCUCUUAAAUUCACCUAAUCUCUUCUUUCCUCUUUCAUUUCUCACUCUUCUUGGAUAAGCUUCUCCCAGAUUUUCCCUGGAAUUUGAGUAGAAAAAAGUGGCUGAUCAGUGUAAAACAACAUGCGGUGGUUUUGCUUAUCAGUAGAUGUGUUUCGGAAAGUCGUUUCAUUGAAUUUAUACUGUCGUGUGAUUCUGUAAAUCAAUUACCCUCAGUUCAAUUUUCCCCAAUUUUUAUUUUUCCAGAAAACCCUAAUUUUUUUUCACCUCAAUUACCAAUAAUAACCACAUGGGUUCAACCUUCUUCAUCGUCAUCCCCUGCUACGUUCGCUGGAUCAGCUAAAUUAAUUUCUCUUUUCGAAUUUUUUCUGGGAAUUUUAGAAUUGUUUGGGGUUCCUUUCCUUAAAAGAAAGGUUUAAAGGGUGGGUUAAGGGGGUUGGAGUAGUAGUUAUGGUGUGCCAAGCAGCUAGUCAGACAAGAUUUCGGGCUUUGAAACACGAAAAUGGAGUUGCUGGUUUUGCUACCAUCAUAGUUAGAGUCAUUGCUUGUUUCCAACCUCUGCGUAAUUGUCAGGCCGAAUACUUUCGUCAUUUGCUCAAGCCAGUAACGUAGAUAAGAAAUUAGUUCUGUAUUUUGGGGGUUUAGUUCAGCUGGGUUUCUUAGGUUUUACUACAUCUUCGAUAAUUCUACAAGCAAUCACAAAGCGAGGCUUUCAUUUCGCUUUUGUUGUGAUAGUUGUUUGGGUUGAUGGAAAAGGACUUGGAGUCCUGGUUACAUCAACGGCAACCGGAUACGCAGUUUCCUAAUGCUAAAUCCUUGAAACUGCCAUUUGAUAUUGGGAUGCAAAACACGGGCAUCCCUUGUGCAAUGCCUUGCACUAAUGCAGCUCCUGUGAGUGGUGCUUUACCUUCGUUUGGAUAUUCAGGGCCUCACGAUUUCAAGGUCGGGCAAUCGAAGGAACCUUAUGGAUGGUUCUAUUGCUUGCCCCGAUUUAGGCAGGGUCUUGUUCCAGAUAUGACGCUUCACGAUAAGUUCAUGCCAGAAAUUGGUUUUACUGGCAAGGCUUCUGCAGCUGCUAUUGAAAAUCAUGUGGAGACUAAUGUGUCUCCCACUGAUGCACAACGUGCUCAAAAGCAAUUUCUUGUUUUUGAUCGAACGGGCAACAAAACAACCUUGAUAUUAAGCUCUAUGGUUGGUGCUUCAAACCAGCCACUCAACUCUUGGAACCAAAAAUCAUCUUGUUACUACAAUAAUGUUAACGAGGGUGAGCUUGGGGAUGGAAGCAAUGGACCGUUCUAUUCAGGACCUAAUUUGACUGAUGAUUUGAACGAUGAUAAUGAGAUUGGUGAGAUGCAUGAAGACUCAGAAGAUAUCGAUGCCUUGCUCUCCUCAGACGACGAAGGUUGUUACAGUGACGGUGAAGAAACAUCCACAGGGCGUUCCCCUAGCACGAUGACUGCUUACGAGAAGCAGGAUUGGUACGAAGAUAACGAAGACAUGGACGAAGUGGCAAGCUCUGCCGGCCCCUCUAAAAGGCAGAAACUGUCAGACAGCAGUGACGAAGCUCCCUCAGUUACAUACGCCGCCAGCUCCCUUGUACCAAAGGGAUCAUCAUCAGAGUACGAGGACGAUGCAGAAUCUAUCUGCGCAGGUGGCCAACCCACGAGGCCAUACAGCAACACGACACACUCAUUCUCCGGCAACAAGAGAGACCGAAAGGAGAAAAUACGCGAGACAGUGAGCAUCCUACAGACCAUAAUCCCGGGCGGAGACGGGAAAGACGCAGUAGUGGUGUUAGAUGAAGCCAUCAAUUAUCUCAAGACUCUAAGAUACAAAGCCAAAUCUUUAGGAAUAUCUGGCCUAUAGAAGCUCCAAAAAUGUAGUGAGUAGCUUUUUGGGAAUCCAUCCUCUGUUCUUAGCCUCCUGAAGAAGUUAAUCCUUUUUCUCACUUGUGGACUGAAGACUUCAAUGAUUCAAAGAUGGACCCUUAAAAUCUCCAUAUCAGAAAACGCACGCCCCAUAUUGGCUUUGGUCUGGGACCCAGCAGUUAACUUUUGCUGUCUAUUUUUUUUUUUUUAAUUUUUAAAAAAUAAAGGAGUAACAUAUAAAUUUAUGCAAAAAUAUUAUUUGAGGGUGGGGUCAUUAGACUGAUCACUUUAAUGGGUAGGAAUGGCACGAGGAGAGGCUAGUUGGCCUUUUGAUGUGUUUCAUCAUUAAAAUCCAUAUUAAAUCAAUCUAUGUUUGUUAGUAUUAUUAUUAUGAUUAUUAUUAUUAUUAUUAUUAUGAUUUUUUUUUUUCUUUUGCUUUUAUAAAAUUAGUGUGGGGUAUUUGCACUUGAAUGUUUAGAAUGGGAAGUAAGACCCUGGAAAUAUGUAAUAUAAGUGCCUUUUGAUUUCUUUUA